UAGUCCCGCCGCAGGAGCGCCGCGGUGGUCCCGUUAUCCGCCCGUUAAAAACGGUCUGAAGCGGCGCUCAGGGAUGAAACGAAAGAGAAAAGAAGACAACUUUCAUGAGAAAACUGUUAUGAAACUCACCUUCAGUAUUUGGAAAAUGCUUUUGUUGCCGAAGUGGUGGAUUUUUAUCGUUUGUCUGGCAGGUGUCUUCCCUCAUCGUUGUUCGGGAGUUAACGUGUUCGUCAGAGAUGAGAAGAGGUACGCUGUGCUGUUCCAGUCGGUGGUUCUGCCGUGUCAGUACAACAGCGUGUCCACCCAGGUCCCCGUGGUGCAGUGGGUCUACAAGUCAUACUGUCGCGACCGCACACGGGAUGCGUUCAACUUCCCCGACAGCCUGGGCGGCGGCGUGGGAGGAGGCGGGCUGACGGGGGGGACCGGAGGAGCUGGAGGAGGGUACGAGACGGGGAUGACGGCGAGUUACCUCGACUGCUCCGACAACAGUCGGACGGUUCGAACCGUGGCCUCCAUCUCCGGCUCCUCGUUCACACUGUCAGAGUACUACAAGAACAGAGACAUUUCCAUCAUCAACAAGGCAGACCUGCGCAUCGGAGAAGUCCAGUGGGGAGACAGUGGAGUUUACAUCUGUAAAGUGGUUAUAGCUGAUGAUCUAGAGGGACAGAAUGAAGCCUCUGUGGAGCUGCUGGUUCUGGGUUUCUCAGGUGUGCCUGAAGAUCUCCUGCCAGACUUUGAUUUGAAGAUUAUGCCAGAGUGGGUGUUUGUGGCGGCGGUGGCACUGGGCAGCGUGUUAUUCCUGCUGUUUGUUGGGGUGUGUUGGUGUCAGUGUUGUCCUCACUCCUGCUGCUGCUACGUCAGCUGCUGGUGCUGCCCCGACACAUGUUGCUGCCCCAGACACUUGUAUGAGGCAGGUAAGGGUAUAAAGACGGGCACCUCCACCCCUCAAACACCUGCCUACCCUCCAUACUUUGUCUCUGGUGUCCCGACCAUGGUCCCCAUCGCUCCCCCUUCACUGGUGGACAAGAUGUCUUCUGUACCCCUCUCAGAUGGCAGCCUACUCACAACAGUGCCGAUGCAUACUCUAGGGGUUCCCUACCGCGUGCCCUCAUCCCAGGAUCAGGACUCUCUCAGGGUGCUACAGUAUGUAGAGAAACAACUGGCUCACUUCAACCCUGCCAGGUCCACCAGCCACCAGUCCUGCAGCCUGUCGGAGCUGAGCUCUCUCCACGAGGGAGAAACUGGCUUCCGCCAAACGUACCGGAACUUCCAAAAGAAAGCUCUUCCAGCCAUCCCUGACCACGACCCUCAGCCUGAACCCCAGCGCUACAGUGACAACCGCAGCCCAGAGCCACAGCGUUACCGUGACAACCCGUCUUCACCCCAGCGCUAUCGUGAUGACCCCGACUCAGAGCCUCACCGUUGCCAGGAUGAGCACCUUCCUCCGCGUCGUUACAGCGAUGAUCCUCCAUCCUCCUCUCACUCACGUAGGCUCGGUCGUAAUCAUCGGCAACAGAAGGAGCACAAUGAGGAGGACAACCACAUCAGGUGGAACCCUCGUUCAGAACAUCUGCAAAGAAAGACGUACCGCACUGCAGGACGGACUGGCUCACUGGAUGAGCUGGAGGAGUUUGCUGCCUCCUACAAGCAGAGAGGAGCCAGAGGGGUAGAGAAGAGGGAGGAAGAACGGGACGACUAUGAGAUGGAGCUUCUGGAGUUCAGUCGAUAUCCUUCCUACCGGGAUUGUCCACCUCAGCAUUAUCACAAUGAUGAAGAUGAGCUUGGAGACACCAGUGACCGUGAAGAUCAUCCCAGACGAAAUAAGAAAAACGGACCUAACAUAAGCCCACUUCCUUCCCCCAGAAAGAGGAGGGGCACUUGGGACACAGAGCGUCCUGCUCCACCUCCUCCCAGAGUCAGUCCGCCAUCGACUUCUUCUCAAGAGAAGGACUAUGAUGGCACAUUCCUGAACAGCCUGUUGGAGCGUAAGGCUAAGUUGCGAGGGGUCGUCGGGCAGGGGAAGAGUGGGGCCCGGGGUGAGGAAGAUUCAGACACACCAUCAAAGGGCAGCUCAAAAAAGAGCAGCGGAGAAUCUAGUCGGCACUGCAGCCGCUCGCCUAGUAACAGGCCUGACGCAGAUUCACUGCCUCCUUACUCAGAUACGGAGAGAAGCAGGACUGACAGGCCGUCUCCACGGCCGCUCCCAGCAUGCCCUCGCCCUUCUCAACCUCCCGCCCAUCCCCUGUCCAGUCGCAGAGAGGAGAACAGAGACAAGUCUCGGAAAGUGCAGAGCACUCUUCUCAGCCGAGACUCCCUCAUCGUCUGAUGGACUGAAAGCCACACAGACUGAGAGUGUUUUGAGCAGACCAUGAAACUCUACAGGAACUACGUGUCAGCUGAUUGAGUUUAGAUCACAAAAAAUAUGCAAAGCACAACUGACUGAGAACAUUAGAAUCAGUAGCGAUGAAUGAAGAAACGGAUGACGCACACUUUCACCAUCGAGACUGUUACUGGGUUUUCUGUCGAUGAUGUUGCUGAACGAUGAAGUCAUCACUACUCAUCACUGGCUGCCCUGUAUAUAUCUCAGUUGGACUAACAGUGAACUAAUGUGGGCUGGGUGUAUGACCUGGACUGUCCCUCCAAGCAGGAAGGCUGUUCGUCUCCCCUAGUCCCUUUAGAAAAGGCUCUAAAGCAGAGAGAGUUGCUUUACGCUUCCAGCACAAUGAGCGUAUUCAUUUCCAUUUGAUGAGACAACUACAUUAAAAGGGCACAGUUGGAGUAGAAGGUAUAUGACAACAGCAUUAUUGUGAAGGACUCAGUUUCAGUCGUAUGACAGUACGCACACUGUCGUUCAGUGUUUGCCAUGAUCAGAAAUAAAAGCACCUCAUUCAGAAAGCUUUGCGAGGAGAAUUAAAUGUUAACUAAAGCUGGAAGUAGUGACUAGUAGAAAGUAAAUAUGUAUCUACAGGCUGGUGGACAAAAUAAUGUAAACAUGUCACAGAAAAGGACACUAACCCUUAAAGGAUAAAGUUGGUGAUUUUCUAUGUUUUUUUAUUGUCAAUAAAUCUCUUGUGCAAAUCCAAACCAACAAUGAAUCAAUGCUACUUACAACUAUUGUGUGUAUCCAAAGCCCAAUAUAUCACAUUCUUCUGUGCCAUAGACUCUGGUUGUUGUCCAAAAACUAUUAAGAACACAUCAAUGAGCCACACCGCUGCACUGAGCAACUUCGCCACAAAGAGUAUGGUUGCAGUAGUGUGUCUAAACGUCUCCAAAGAGUACAAACAGCGAUCAUGUUUUCAGUCUCUGGAGAGUAGUUCCUUGUAAGGUAGGCACCACUAUGCAUGCCCAGAAAUGCAGUUUUGUUUACUUCGUAUGAAAGUUCUUUACAGUGUACAAUGUAGUACAAAGUCAAGAGAUUACACUACAGCUAAUGAAGCUCUGUAAAUGGAAUCCGUUCCUGCACAUGCUCGGUGGCGUCUGCCUUACAAGAAACAACUCUGUGGAUACUAAAUAGAUGAUUGCUGUUUGGAGCCAUUUCUAAAGAAACUACGGUACCGUCUUUGUGGCCAAGGAACAUGUCACCCAGUGCAGCAGUGUGGCUCACUGAUGUAUUUAAUAGAUUUUGGAGAAUGACGGAGGUCUAUGGCACAGAUGAAUAUGAUAUAUCGGGUGUUGGAUACAUGCACAAUACUUAUAAGUGGGAUGAGUUCAUUGUUCAUUGUUUGGCUCUGUACAUGAGAUUUGUUGACAAUAGGAAAAAUAUAGAAAAUUGUCAGUAUUAUCCUCUAAAGCUGCAUUAAUAAAUAUUUUUAUAUUAAAACUGAAUCACAUGACUAAGUGUAUGUGAAGGUGGUAGCUCGUAUUGACACAGAUAAUUAUCACAUAACUCUACAGUUCUCCUGAAAUGUACAAAGCGUUUUAGUAUGUUUUGGAUCAUUGUUUUGGUUUUAUGGUCACAACUUUUUAUGCAUUGAUGAACCUGUUUUUCACAUCAGUGUUGUUUCCAGCGGCAGCAGGCAGUUGUUUUCAGCAGAAAAGCUGCGAUAAACCCAGUGUGCAGAAGUUAGCAACAAGCUGGUGAACACAGCGAAGCAUUUAGUGGUUAAAAAGCCAAAUAUCUCUCAAGAUUUGUUGAGAGUGAAACUAGUUCUUACAUUCAUCAGAUCAACACAACUCCAAAUAAAUGCUAAUGUAGCUGUAUAUCUGCUGUAUGUGUAGAUAGGUAAUUGUUUGCUAACAUGUUCACUGUAUCAGCUUCAUAGUAUGUAUAACAUGUGAAUGUUGUGUUUACAGCUUGUUCUGCUACAGCUAUGUAGCCAAAAAAAUCAUGAGAUGAUUAACAGAACUCUAAAGAGGUGGCCAGGUCCCAAUCAGAAAUGUAUUUGAUAUGUUAAUGGGAACCAAUUAGAAACCAUGACAACGUGUAUGCAAAACACAGAAAUCAAACUACUACACUAACGAGGGGGUGGGCUAAUUCUGUUGACUGCUCUCUGACCCAGUAUGACCCACAUUUGCUGCAGCAUUUUCAGCUGUGACUUCUAAGUUAAAGUCCUCAUUAACGAAGCAGUAACAUUAUUUUGUCUCCACUCUGUAUGUAUGUGGAGCUGCAUCUUCUAUUAAAACAUGUUAGAGUUUACACAAAGUAACUAUUUUAACCUGAAGGAGUUUUGUAAUUUUCUUGUAAACAUUUAAGCUGUUGAAAUGCCGCUUUUUGCCUCCUUUUCAAGAUUUUUGUACUGCAGUAUGAAGCCUUUUUUAUAUAUAUAUAUAUAUGUAAACUCGACCUAUUUAUGUGUGAGGUGUGAUAUAUUAGUUGUAAUUUGUAAAUGAUUUUGUUUGUCUAAGCACUUCAGUGUGGCUGUGUACAUAAGAUGAAGUGUCUUUGAUUUGAUUACUAUAAUUCAGCCUUUUCUUAUCACUGCUGAGUCAACAGCUAAACCAGCUCCUUCAUCUGUUAUCUAACACACACACACACACACACACGAACAUUACGCCAUACAGUGUUGGUCUUGAGACAAGUCUAGCGCUUGUUUGUUUUUGUGCCAUUGUGUGUUCUGCUUUUUGGUACUGAUAAAUGUGUGUGUGUGUGUGUGUGUGUGAGAGAGAGAGAGAGAGAGAGAGAGAGAGAGAGAUGACUCAUGUCUUUGUUCAUUGUUUUAAUCACAGACGGCCUGUCUUCACCACACAACUGUGUCAAAACUCACACAUCAGUUCUGCCUGCUCAACCACACAUGUCCGUCAUGUUUCGUCCCCCGCUUAUAUAAUUUGUCACGACACUUUCUGUCUGUUAAGUAUCUAUUUAUUAAACUGGCAAGAUGCGGUGUGGCACAACUCAAACAUUAAGACCAAUGGUGUUUAUCUUUACAUCUCCUCAGCAAAUAAACUGUGCAGAAAUAAUGAAA